CGCAAUCAAACAACAUGUCGAAAAAAUACUCAAACGAAGAAAUUCCUGAUCUUAAAGGAAAAGUUGCGAUUGUAACUGGUGGGAAUGGUGGAAUCGGAUAUGAGAUCACAAAACAGUUGUCCAUCCAUGGAGCUCGAGUGUAUAUGGCUUCGCGUAAUAAGCAAAAAGCAGAGGACGCAAUGAAAAAGUUACAAGAAGAACAUGAUGCAAACCAAAAAGAAGGUGCUGAUGGCGUUCAGAAACUUGAAUUGGAAUUCUUGGAAUUGGACUUGAUGCACUUGAACGCAUGCAAGAAGGCAGCAGAUGAUUUCUUGGCUAAAGAAAAAGAUUUACAUAUCCUCGUUUGCAACGCAGGUGUGAUGGCACCAGGCUAUCAAUUAACAGAUGAUGGAAUCGAACAAUCUUUCCAAACCAAUCAUUUGAGUCAUUUUGCUUUGUUUGCUAAUUUGGCCAAAACGAUGAUCAAAUCUGCACAUGAAUCCGGACAUCCAUCCAGAUUGGUCAAUUUGUCCUCUGUUGCCCACACUUUUGAACGUUUCAAUCCUAGCUUGAAACUAGACUUCACAUCAAAGGAAGCCAUCAAUCGCAAAAUGGGAUUCGAUCAAAUCGGUAAAUAUAUGCGUUAUAGUCAAAGCAAGUUGGCCGCUCUUCUAUUCUCAAGAGAGGUGAACAAACGAUUCAAGCCGAACGAGAUUCGUUCAACUGCCGUUCAUCCUGGUCUCGUUGCCUCAAACUUAUACUCAAAAACGCCUUUGGCACCCAUCGCCCCACUCGUGUUCAUCAGUAGUGCGGAUGGUGCUCUUGCACCAUUAUAUGCUGCCACAUCGACAGAAAUUGAAGAAAAGAAUGGAUUUGAUGAUUAUUACGCAACGUAUGGUAUCAAAAGCAAGGAUUCUGCCGCUUCUCAUGAUGAGAAAUUGAUGACAGAUUUAUGGAACAUAAGUGAAGAGUUGACUGGUACCAAGAUUGAUACAGAAGAAGUCUCCAAACAUGGCAAUGCUCAACUUUGAUCAAUUGCUUCCCUUGUAUAUAGUCAUAGUCAUACCCUGUUAAAGUUGAAAUGAUAUCCUUCCUCUGAUCGUGGGCACGCAACCCUGACGCGUCAAAUUGCU